CCGACUCCUGGUCGACAGAGCCGCUAAGUGCGGCCGCUGUCUCUUUAAGAGAGCUUUCUGCCCAGGUAAAGGGGGCGGAGCCUCCGCUCUCCCUCUCCCCCCUCCCUCUUUUCCUUCCCUCCGCGUCUGUCGCCGGGGAUUAGCAGCUGCAGCCAGCUCAGCGCCGGAGGAUCAGGCUCGCCGGGGGAGCGAGAGCCAGAUUGAGAUUGCGCGGGGUGGGCUGGGGAUGCCGGCAUCUACGUUCGCCCUCCCGCCCUGGUGCAACUCGGACGCUCCUCCUAGAGAGUGAGCAAAGGAGGCGAAAGAGGAGGAAGCGCAGCUUUGGGUUUCGCGCUGGGAUUCCACUUCCUGGAGGGGCCCUCCCGGUGCACAGGUCUCCUGGGUUCCCUGCUUGGCCGAGGGACAGGAGCCGCACCCGACCACAAUGAAGGACCGGCUGGAGCAGCUGAAAGCGAAGCAGGACGAUGAUGAAGCUGAAGAUGAAUUGGAAAUUGCGAUUGACAACACUGCUUUCAUGGAUGAAUUCUUUUCAGAGUGAUUCCUUCUCAGCAUCUCUUCAUAAUUUGCAGAUUGAAGAGACUCGGCAGAAUAUUGACAAAGUUUCAAAGAGCGUAGAAGAGGCAAAAAAGCUCUACAGCAUUAUCCUGUCUGCUCCUAUCCCUGAACCAAAGACAAAAGAUGAUCUGGAGCAGCUGACAUCAGAAAUCAAGAAAACGGCCAAUGCUGUUCGAAACAAGCUUAAAAGUAUGGAGCAGAAUAUAGAGCAGGAUGCAGCUCGAUCAUCAGCUGACUUGCGGAUACGGAAGUCCCAGCACUCAGUUCUUUCCCGAAAAUUUGUGGAAGUGAUGACUAAAUACAAUGAGGCACAGGUUGACUUCCGAGAACGGAGUAAAGGGAGGAUCCAACGGCAGCUGGAGAUCACUGGAAAAAAUACAACAGAUGAAGAACUAGAGGAAAUGUUAGAGAGUGGGAAUCCCUCGAUAUUCACCUCUGGGAUCAUGGAUUCCCAGAUCUCGAAGCAAGCACUGAGUGAGAUUGAGGGACGACAUAAAGAUAUUCUGCGGCUUGAGAAUAGCAUCAAGGAGCUUCAUGACAUGUUUGUGGACAUUGCCAUGCUGGUAGAAAAUCAGGGUGAAAUUGUAGAUAAUAUAGAACUCAACAUGAUGCACACCAUGGACCACAUAGAGAAAGCACGUGAGGAAACCAAGAAGGCUUUAAAAUAUAAGAGUAGGGCACGCAAGAAAACAAUAAUUAUCAUUGUGAUAAUAGUAGUCUUGCUGGGAAUUGUAGCUCUCAUUAUUGGACUUUCAGUCGGACUGAAAUAAAAGUAACCAACUGGGUUUCUGGCACUGAACCACAUUCCCAAGCUCCUUCUAAGUCAGUAGCAAGAUUUCCCUUCUUGAACCUCAGUGCCAUGGUUUGUGUUUUCCUUCCCUACCCUGCUUGGAUGAAGUAUGAAUGGUGCUCUGCCUGAUGAGUGCACUUGCACCCGUGCUUCCUGUGAGAGCCAGACUGUUCCAGUUCCAUAGCCUGAAGACCCUAAUGUACUUUCCUGCAACCAGAACAUCCAGAAAUCUCCUGGCAUUCCAGAGAGGAGUUCCCAUCUGAUCCACUCCUUAUCCAUUCCUCCUUUCCUUCCCGAUUUACCUGCUGGCUUCAAUUCAAGGAUUUAUUCUGGAAUGAUCAACAUUAGUGGAAAUGAACAUUAGAGGAAUUUGGAGAGCCUUAUUGCCUACCUCACUGCUUUGAUUUAACCCUUUCAAAAACUUUGUACAGAUUAUUGGAGAUGUCAGACAAUGUUACUUUCAAACAGUCCAUUUAGAACUAAGACUUAAACUGCUAGGUAAUUCCUAAUCUUUACCCCAUUUUAUACUCCACAGGCUGGAGCAGGUUUUGUAUUUUUUACAGAAAACAUGAGAUGAUAGCCAAGAGGGGGUCCUUCAAUCCACAUCAAGUGAGGGAAUGGUAGCUAUGAACAUGACAAAUAACUCUGCAGUCAGUUAAGCUAUUAUUGGAAGACACAAUGGAUUUAGGCAAACAAGCAAAAUUGAGGCACUCCAAUUGGUGUUCAGUCCAUGUUUUAAAUCAGGCCAAUAUUUGUAUUAUGCAUUAGAGAUGGACUAUUAGCACUCACACUCUUGAAGUCUGAGUUGCUUGUGUUUUAUUAACUACUCAGCUCAAAUGUUUUGGUAUAACCAUGGAUAUUCCAUAUUUUGGGAACUUAGAGUAAGAAGGAAGACCUGUCUUUACAUACUCAUUAACAAAGACACUCCUUGGGAUAGGUGUUAUUUCAUAUUGGACAGCUCCUUUCACUUUUGGAAAGCAAUUAUAUUUCUGAGGUGCUGUAAGUAGUGGUGUAUUCAAAGUGUUUUGAGUUUGAAAUAAUCCAGUUUUGAGCAGUUGCUCUGAGUGCACUAAAAUUGUUUGACCUUGGAACCAAAAAUGAAUAUGUCACCUUGAGGUAGGACCACUUCCAGUACACUUGAAAGUCCAUUUUAACCCAACAUGUUUUGUACAGCUCUAUUUGCAAAGUUUAAUUUCUUUCAAAUCAAAUACUGAAGGCACAAUUGUAUCUCAUCUCUUUUUCUAAUAUACAAUUGUUUUUAUGGUCUAUCUUUUUGAGGACAUGAAGAUUAGGGAAAUUGGGGGUUGGGAGGGUUCUUUUUGUUUUAAUAUUUUAAAUUUUGUGCUGAUGGUUUCUGGUUGAUAAAUGUUGCACCCAUCACUGAACUUGCUGUUUGUAACCUGGCCAAGGUUUGUAGGGCAGAAAAAUUGGUCUGGAGAAAAACAUUGGGUUUAGUAGAUGUGGCAUGGCAGCCGAGACCCGUUUCUUCUAACAUCUAAUCUGUUUAUAGAAGGUAUUUUAUUGCUUGGUAAAAUCGUUCUGUUUUCUUAAAGAUGAAAAAGAAAGAAGCUUUCUCUUAUGAAUGUGGUUAUAGCAUUAAUGUUUUUCUGAUAGAAAUAUCAACAUUUUUCUAACUUUUGUUUUUGUAUAUAAGAACAUUUUGCUGUGAUUAACAACCUGUAUCCCCUUUGGUCUGCUCAGCUGCACCUGUUCCAUUCCUACAGUGGUAUAACUCAUGGAAAUGGAAAGAUUUGUGCUUAAAAAAUGUGUGAUUUUUUUUAGUUGAGGGGAUACUUUUUUGUUUAUUUAGAGAAGCUAGUUAUAUCAUCAGAAGAGUGCCAGAUUUUUCCCUGGGGGAAAAGUUAAUACAAUUGUUGUUGCCUUCAAAAUCAGUAUAUUUGCUGCAUGGAAAUCUACCUCAGAGACUGAAUCAACCAGAUUCUCUGCUUACACCUGAUUUUUGAUGUGGGGCUGUAGAUGACUCAUUUUAUGGCAUAUUUUGGGACUCUGGCAGUAGUGUUUUAUGCAGAUUUAGAGAUCAGCAGCAUAUUCAAAUUUUAUAAAGAUUAAUUUCUUUCUAAUUAUAUGAGACAUAACAGUCCUUUGAUUGGAACCAAAGAGAAUGUGAUUCCCAUUUUAUCAGGGGAGAGAUGACUACCAUCUAAUCCCUAGCAAAACCUAUCGACUUCAUCAGUUCCACCAUUUAGAUUCUAGUUUGUCUAGCCACGGAUAAACAAUUUAUAUAACACUUUCAAGGGUACACAGACAGAGCUAAGAAAGUGUGGUGGUCUCUCUUGGCUUUGAUGUCUGUAACUUGUAAAUGGGAAUGGCAGUGAAAGCACCAUUUAUGAAAACUAUCUGUAAAGAUGAAAAACUGCACUUCAACAUAGUAAGCUGCCUAUGGACAGCGCAGAUUCUAGGAAAUUGUUUUUGAUGAAACUUUUUAAAGAAAUGAUGAAGCUUAAGAAUAAAUGAAUUAUUGGAACAUCGGUCUGUCAUUUUUGCGUCUGUCCACUGAACUCCUGAAGUAGUGGGUAUAACCAUACAAUUAAUUUUGAGGAACAAGUACUUCCUUUGGCCUGUAUUAUGUUUGCCAUAUGGUUGCAGCAUCUGUAGGAAGGUGUGGUAAGAAUGGUUCUAUGAACAUAGACGUACUCCCCCUAUGUAUUUUUAGGACACCAACCUUAGCUGAAUAUUUUCCUCUCGUUGCUAGUAAUUAUACAGAGAUGUCCUGGUAAAUGAAUGCACAACUAGAAAUGGGCUUUUGGAUAGUACCCUUUCCAUCUAAAACAACUAUGAAUUGUACAAGUUGCCAACAUGAACUGAACUUAGGGGACAAAAACUCAAUGAAGAGCAUUUUGCAAUAUAAUCUGGGUCUGUGAAAGAAUAGUUUGUAUCUUCUUCAACUCCUCUGUGUUGUGUCUCAACCUUCCUAUUGUAUAGUCUAAAAUCAGUUACAAGUAGUCCUCUAUUACAACCAUUUGUUUACAGUUCAAAGUUACAAUGGCACUGAAAAAAGUGACUUGCAACCAGUCCUUGCACAUACGACCAUUGCAGCAUUCCCACAAUCAGAAUUUGGAUGCUUGUCAACUGGCAUGUAACUACAACAGUUGUAGAGUCCCAAGUUCACACGAAGGCUAUUAGUGAUCUUCCCAGAAGAGGAAGCUGACCAGUGAAGUCAAUGAGGAAAGCUGGAUUCAUUUAACAAAGAACAUGAUUCACUUAACAAAUACAAUGAUUUGCCUGACCACCAUGGAAAAAAAAGGUUGCAAAUAUGACCCACUUAAAAACCACCUUGUUUAGCAAUGGAUAUUCUGGUCCCAAUAGUGGUUGUAAGUUGAAGACUUACCUGUACUAUGUGAACUCAUAAAAUAAGUCCUGUUCUUCCUCCAAUUCUACCACCUCCAUGUUUAUUAAUAUAUCUGGGUAUUUUUCUUCUUGCUGAGCAGAAGAAGAUAAUGAUUAUGAUAUGCUGCAUCAUCCUCAUCAUUAUCCUGGCUUCUACUCUUGGGAGCUUCUUUAUGUGAACACUAAUUCCUUGUUCUUUGCCAUUUGUCAAAGGUAAGUUGUAUGCGAAUAGAAGCUUGGUGUUAUCAUCUUAACCAGGGCAAUUGGGAUCCUCCAAAUUGUGGUUGUAUUGGGCUGUAUUUCUAUUUUUCACCUAGACUAGUGCACGCCUAGUAGUGGUGAAAAUGCUUCACCUGAUAAUUCUCUGCAGUAACUAAUUGUUUACAGAAAAAUAGUCAUCUACUUAAGUUUAUGCAAUCUGGGUAGGCAAAGUUAAAUAUCCUAUUCUUAAACUUAAACUGAAUCAAGUGAAAAGAUAAAAGAUACCUUAUUUUAAUUAACAAGAGGGAAAUUAUCUACAUAUUAGGAUAGUAACUUCCAGGAUCUUUUUUGGUUAAUAUGCUCAGACACCACUUAUGUUCUCUGUAUAUUUUCAUUUUUCUUCUCUUUCUUUUCAGGAUGGAUCUGUAAGAUGAUUUUGGCCUUUCAGGCUUUCCCAGUCCUGUUCACCCACUUUUGAUGAGAUGUCAUAGCCAAUGAUUAACCUAUCAAAACGUCUUAGUUGGUACAAAGAGGGGAAGAAGGAGCCAGAAUAGAGCAAUGCCUAGAAACUUCAGCUUGGAAGGGGGAAGUGAACAUUAGUACAUAAGGGUCUUUUUUAUAACAACUACUGAAAACCAACCAACCUAACUCUUGAUUGAUCAAUCAACAUUAAUGCUUAGGUUUUAUGGAACAUCAUUACCAGUUAUGCUGGCUCCUUCUGCCCAGUGUACACUUUUUGGCAUUGAAACCCAAUUCUUGGGAGACACCUUAAAUUAUUCUUAUGGAAGACGACAAUAAGCUACAUAUUCCCCUGCCUUAUCUUUGCUGUCAAAAUCUAUAUGCACCUCCUUGUUUUUAAAUGUGAGGUGUUUUCCUUGGCUGUACUUUCUGCUUGUGCUAUGUCAAAUGUCAAAAGAAAUGACUUGUUCCAAGACUCCUUCCAAGACUCUUUGCUACAAUGAUAUAAAAUUAGACAUCUGGACAAAGAUCUGUCCCAUAUUUUCUCACCUUCUGAAUAAUAUCCAGAACAAUCUUUGUAAACCUUGUGAUUCCAGCCACAGAUAUGUAUAUAUUUCUAGCUCAUUUAACUGCAUGACGGCAAAUUUUGAGCCAAGCUGCAGGCAUCUGUAGUGGAGGCAAGGCUUCAAUAUUCAUGAGGAUUUGUUUGGACAUCAACAGUUUCAACAUAUUUUUACAUACCGACUUAAUACAUUUCUUACAUACUGAGAGAAAGUUUGUCUUUUAUUUAAAGAAUUAAAACUUAUUUAUUCAAGCAUGUAAUAUUUAUUGCUAUGGAUCAUGGCCCUGUUAGGAUGAGUGAGUGUGGUUAGCAUAUUAUUCAUUUUAUCCUGGUCCAAUAAUAUCCAUUUCGCUUCCAUUUGGAUUAACAUCUAUUUUCCCCUUUGAAAUGAAUUCAUCAUUAGUUAGGGAAAGGGAGUUAUUUGUAACUAUAUAAUGAACUAUUCUAGUAAGUCCAGAUUUAAGUUAUUCUGCUACUGUUCCAAAAGCAUAGAUGUUAACAAAGGAAUUCUCUUGAAUAAAAAGUUUAUUUCAUCUAGAAUCAUGUGUGAUGGACUAAGUCAACAAAAAAUUCCUCAGAUACAGUAGUAUCUGGGGGGAAAAAAUCUGGGUCUUAGAAUCUCCUAGGACCUAGGAUCUUCCCAGUUCAGCUCCAAAUACUGGAAUAACUUUUCCAUCUAAAUUUACAGCAGGGAUGGGCCUAAAUGCACACUUUUAAAAAAAUCUAUAUACUACUAAAACUUUGGUGUUUGUAACAUUCAAUUGGGCAAAGUGGUACAUCACAGGACAACAAUUUUUGAAUCAACAUACCUCAAAUGGGCUAACUUACAGAAUAUGUUCCAAAUCCAGGACCCAUGACUCCUGUGGGAUUGAAAUGUGGCAAAUUUGUGGCCACUUAGUGCUGCCAUAAUUAGCUGCAGUUACAUGAUUGUCAUUUCCAGUGC